AUGAUUGCCAGUCUGACAAGUUGUUCAGUGGCCCAGUAUAUCGACUCGAUUACAAGCAGGCAUCAUAUUUUACACUAUGCGAUCCCGCGCCCGAUGUGUUUGGAACGACCGAGUAUGCCAGAGGGUGAAACAAUGCACACUAUGUGGUAUCAGCCGGAAGCACGCGAUUUGGCUAACGCGUUGUACAAGAUCAACGAGUUUGAAAAUGCUGAUCGCGGUCUGAUUUUGGGCAAUGGACAAAGCAGUAAGUGUGGACCUGUUUGGACACAUUUGCGCAUUCCAUUGGGAUGUCAGUCUUCCAUUCUUUAUGCUUAG